AUGGUUGUUCAAGAACCUCAAGCUCUGCUACAUGUUGGUGAUGUUCUUGUCGACGAUGGAAAAAAACAACACCGUGAUACAAGUUUUGAUCCAAGCGCUCCUCCACCAUUUAAGAUUGCGGAGGUUCGCGCGGCGAUCCCGAAGCAUUGUUGGGUUAAGAAUCCAUGGAUUUCUCUUAGUUAUCUUCUCAGAGAUGUUUUCAUUGUCACUGCAUUGGUAGCUGCUGCAAUUCAUUUCAAUAAUUGGAUCUUUUGGCCAAUUUAUUGGAUUUCUCAAGGGACUAUGUUUUGGGCUCUUUUUGUUCUUGGACAUGAUUGUGGCCAUGGAAGCUUUUCAAAUAGUCUUAAGCUGAAUAGUUUUGUGGGCCAUAUCUUGCAUUCUUUCAUUCUUGUUCCAUAUCAUGGAUGGAGAAUCAGUCAUAGAACUCAUCAUCAAAAUCAUGGUCAUGUUGAGAAAGAUGAAUCAUGGGUUCCUAUGACAGAGAAGAUCUACAAGAGUUUAGACAACAUGACAAAAACAAUGAGAUUUUCUUUUCCUUUUCCAAUCUUUGCAUACCCAUUUUAUUUGUGGAACAGAAGUCCUGGAAAAGAAGGUUCACAUUUCAAUCCAUAUAGCAAAUUGUUCUCACCAAAUGAGAGAAACGAUGUGAUAACUUCAACAUCUUGUUGGGGUAUCAUGUUUUGUGUGCUUGUUUAUUUAUCCUUAAUAAAGGGUCCUUUUUUUAUGCUCAAAAUCUAUGGAGUUCCUUAUUGGAUCUUUAUCAUGUGGUUGGACUUUGUCACAUAUAUGCAUCACCAUGGUUACCCUCAAAAACUACCUUGGUAUCGUGGCAAGGAAUGGGACUAUCUAAGGGGUGGUUUAACGACAGUGGAUCGUGACUAUGGUUGGGUUAACAACAUCCACCAUGACAUUGGAACACAUGUUAUUCAUCAUCUUUUUCCUCAAAUUCCACAUUAUCAUUUGGUUGAAGCGACCGAAGCAGCAAAGCCAGUGCUAGGGAAAUAUUAUCGAGAGCCAGAGAAAUCUGGAGCAGUCCCAUUUCAUCUGUUUAAGUACUUUAUACACAGCAUGAAUCAGGACCACUUCGUCAGUGAUUCUGGAGACAUUGUUUUCUACCAAACAGACCCUAACCUCCAUAAUAAUUCUUGGACCAAGUCUGAGUAA